AUUUCGUUUGCUAGGAAUUACGUAGCUCUUUCUCAGAGCAGACACCAACAGAACCCCAAAUUUUGGAAUUGGGAAGUGUGAUACGACAUCGGAGUCACGUGCCGGUACACGGAUCAUACUAGAUUUUGUCAUUUUGACUUAACCCUUCAAUCGAAUCGAACUCUUCGACGGCGACCUCCACCGGCAUCGAUUCCAUUAACUUCUGGGCUUGUUUAGAUUUAGAGUAGAAAGGCAGAAAUAUGGCGAUGUUCUUAGUGUCUCGUCGACUAUCAUCAGAUGGAUCGACAACGUCAUUUUUAGAAGCUUCAUUGCGUCACGCUUCUUGUUGGAGAUCAUUUUCAACGUCUUUCAGGGAGGAAAGAGAUACAUUCGGACCCAUUCACGUUCCCUCCGACAAGUUAUGGGGGGCUCAAACUCAAAGAUCCUUGCAGAAUUUUGAUAUUGGAGGCGAACGUGAACGAAUGCCUGAACCAAUUAUUCGAGCCUUUGGCGUCCUUAAAAAAUGUGCUGCCAAGGUGAACAUAGACUAUGGUCUUGAUCCAUCCAUAGGGAAAGCAAUAAUGCAAGCCGCCCAAGAAGUGGCAGAGGGAAAACUAAAUGAUCAUUUCCCACUAGUGGUAUGGCAAACUGGCAGUGGCACUCAAAGUAACAUGAAUGCCAAUGAGGUUAUUGCCAAUAGAGCAGCUGAAAUUCUUGGCCAUAAGCGAGGUGACAAAUUUGUCCAUCCAAAUGACCAUGUGAACAGAUCACAAUCUUCUAAUGACACAUUCCCAACUGUAAUGCAUAUUGCAGCUGCAAUGGAAAUGAAUGGAAGAUUAGUACCAAAUUUGAAACAAUUACACACUUCACUGCGUUCAAAGUCAAUUGAAUUCAAAGACAUUAUUAAAAUUGGGCGUACUCACACUCAAGAUGCCACACCUUUGACACUUGGGCAAGAGUUUAGUGGCUAUACCACACAAGUGAAGUAUGGAAUUGAUCGAGUCACGUGCACUCUCCCUCGGAUGUAUCAGCUUGCACAGGGUGGCACUGCUGUAGGGACUGGAUUGAACACAAAGAAAGGGUUUGAUGUGAAGAUCGCUGCAGCCGUAGCUGAGGAAACCAAAUUACCAUUUGUAACGGCUGAAAACAAGUUUGAAGCACUGGCUGCGCAUGAUGCUUUUGUUGAAACCAGUGGAGCUCUAAACACGAUUGCUGUGUCUCUAAUGAAGAUUGCAAACGAUAUACGCUUGUUAGGAAGUGGUCCACGUUGCGGUCUUGGUGAACUCAUUCUUCCUGAAAACGAACCUGGCAGCAGUAUCAUGCCUGGUAAGGUGAACCCUACUCAGUGUGAGGCUCUUACAAUGGUCUGUGCUCAGGUUAUGGGAAACCAUGUGGGUAUUACAGUGGGCGGAUCAAAUGGCCAUUUUGAGCUGAAUGUAUAUAAGCCUAUGAUCGCUAGUUGUCUCCUACAUUCACUGAGGUUGCUAGGUGAUGCGUCGGCCUCAUUUGAAAAGAAUUGUGUGAGGGGAAUUCAAGCUAAUAGGGAAAGGAUUUCAAAACUACUACAUGAAUCACUUAUGCUUGUCACAUCUUUGAACCCUAAAAUUGGUUAUGACAACGCAGCAGCAGUUGCCAAAAAAGCCCACAAGGAGGGAAGUACUCUGAAGGAUGCUGCUUUGACUUUAGGAGUGCUCACCCCUGAAGAGUUUGAUAAACUCGUAGUGCCAGAGAAAAUGAUCGGUCCCUCUGACUGACCAGCUCAGGAAGAUUCAGGCUUCUGGUUAAUAUAUACCAGUGGGAAUCGAGAAUAAAACUUGAGUGACACUAUUUUUCUUCACUUCCAUUAGACGAUAUUCUUGAGGAUUUCUCAACUGUUGGCUAGUGCCUUCCGGGCCAAUCCCAUGAUACAGGAGUCUAUUCGGUUAGUAUGGGGAAGGCCUCCGUAAUUUAAAUGCUCAUUAAAACUAAUGAAAUUAUUCAUAGAUGAGGGAGGAUCUUGGCGCAACGGUAAGGUUAUUCUAUUGUGACUUGGAGGUCACAAGUUUGAGUUGCAGAAACAAUCUUUCUGUUUACAAGGACUGCGUAUAUUUAAUUUUUCCUAGACUAAUAAUGGGAGUCUAGUGUUUACGUUUUUUUAAUCAUAAAUGAGUGUAAUUUCUUUCAAAAUAAUAAUGGAAUGGUUCUUGGAUGAGAUAUUAUAUCGAGUGUUUUUGUUUAUCUCUUG